GUUGUUAGUAUUGCUUGUCUAGAGCUAAGUUGAACGGUGUGUUUACUCUAAGGAACUGGGAUUUUGCGUAAGAGCGCUUCUCGGCGGUGGCCGUGCCCUGAGCGCUGGCUUCCUCCGUGUAAAGGCGUAAUGGCGCGAAAGUUUCUUCCCUUAAUCCCCUUUAAUAUACGCUGCUUAACGUGAAAGAAUUUUCUCACUGAUUUCCCUAAGCUCCGGCAUUUCCAUGGUCUGAGUCAAAUCGGCCAACGCGGUACUUGACAAAACAUGUUCAGCUGUCUGCGUAUACCCUGCUGUGAUCGAGCAGCUCCGGGGGUGCUUUAUGCCGACGGGGCUUCAAAGGAGUCUAGGCAAACACCUUCGCCGACGAAUGCAAAUGGUGCAUCAUCGGGGUCAGCCAGCGCGGCCGUGGCUGUCGCCAGCGGGAUGUUCGCUAGCCGCUCUACCCCAAAGUCUACCUCGGCGCUUGCUGCGGACAAACAUGGUUUGGUUGCGGAACCAGCUUGCCAAAGGGCUGGCUCCGUGGCUUCGCCCUUUAGCACAUCCCAGCGGCUAGAGGAUGCAGCACCAGGCACGCCUGGCUCCGCCCGGGCAACCACAGCAGCAUCUCCAUGCACUGCUGGAGGUAAGGGCUUUCACAAGGACUCAGCAGGAACCAGUAACGCCGCCCCAGCAAACCCCAGCAGCAGCGUCAGUCUCCCCAGCCAGAGGCACUGCCGUCCCGGUCACUCUGGCGGGACUCCGACACUCUCUUCGGGCCAUGUCACCGGCGGCACGCACCACACCCUCAGCAGCAGCACUUCCAUGGGCGGCGGCACGGCCACCCUCAGCCUAGCCGGACUGCCAACGAGCUGCGCAGGAGGGCAGGGGCUUGUAUCCAGCCUCCUACGCAGCGAGGCCGGCACGGAGGUGACCGCGCGCCUGCCAGGCGACCUCUCCACCGCCGUGCCGCCCCCGCUGCUACUGGCCUCGGAUGCCUCCACCAGCCGCCUGCUGGAGUGCCUCACGGCCGACAGCGUGGACAAUGGCGGCAGCUCGGUCGCAGGCAGGCUGCCGGCGGGGGCAUCUGUGGACCACGGCGCCUUGCCGACAAUAGGCGCUGCUGGCGGUGGGAGGGCCGUACCGCAGAGGUCGCCUGCUGCGGCCGGGCAGGGCUUCUCGAUAUUUGGCGCGCUGCAGGCCUUUGUUGAGCAGUCCAACGCAGUCUUCCCCGCUGCCGGCAGUGUGGCCCGCGGCUGCAGUGCCGGCAGUGCGGGCAUGCACCCGCAGCGGCACGCCUCCACCGCCACCAGCCACGAACACUUCCGUGGCUUCAACCCGGCGCUCUCAACGGGAACCAGCCACGACGCGCCCACCGCCUCUCUGUACCGGAGGCAUGCGGGCCCCAGCAGCCGUGGUGGCGGCGGUGCGGGCGCUCCGGCCGACACCACCACCGGCAGCCCCAGCGCGCAAGCCGUUCUGGGCUCCAACACCCUCCUCAACACCACCGCGGGAAGCGAUGCGCUGCAGGCUGCGGGCCUGAUCAUCGGCGGAAUGCAGUUGGAGUCCACACACAGCAGUGCGCACUACAGGUUGGCGCAGAUGGGCGCUGCGAAGGCGCCGGCGGCGGCGGCCGAGCGGGUGACGUUGGCAGACGAGGAUGAUGGUGUCAGUCUGGGUCAGCAGCUGCCGGGUCUGCACUCCUUGGACGGCGCGACGUCCUUCCUCAGCGGACCCAGCAACCUGCACUCCUUUGACGAAUUGUACGGCAGGCAUCACCAUCCCGGCGGAGGACAGUCGGGCUUUUUUGCAUGCAACGCCAGCAAUGACGCGGACGGCAAGAGCCGCCACGACAACGUGCUUCCCUCCGCGGGCUGGUACGGCGCCGCCGGGGCAGCGGGCGAGCAGGCGGGCGGCGGGCAGCGCGGCUGGCGCAUGCAGCGGACGGCGGAGCGACGGGAGUUCCUGUCCGCGGCGCGCUGCAUCAGUUCCGUGCUGGGGGACGUGCAGAUCGUGUCAGUGCUCGGGGCAGGGGCGCAUGGGAGGGUGUACAAGGGCCUGCUGCGGGACCGGCUUGUGGCGGUCAAGGUGAUCAUUCACGAGGCGGAUACGGCGCCCUUCGUAGCGGGCAGCAUCGGAAGCGGCAUCGCGCGCCCGGCUCCCUCCAACUCCCAACUGGGCCGUGUCUCGGGCGGCGGAGGCGGAGGCGGACCCUCCGGCUCGCUGCCCGGCUCCUCCAGCCUCCCAUCCGGUGCUGCCGGGCUUCCAGCCGCAUGCUGCGCCGAGUCCACUCCCUUCGCAGCCUCCACUCGUCAAUCCGCCUCAGACUCUGCCGGGACGGCGGGUGCGGACGCAGCAGCAGGCGGCGGCGUCGGCGGCGUCUGCCCGCCGCCCCACAGCAGCUGCGGCAAGCUGAGCCGCAGCGACAGCAGCUCCCGACCCGCCAUGCACUCGCUGCACUUCCAGCGCGCCGGCUCCUCUAACCUGCAUGCGCUGCCCAUGAGUGCGGGGGCGCUGCAUGCUGCGGGCGGGUCGGCGCUGCCGCUACUGUCCCUGCCGGGGCUGGCUCCGGUGGUGAUGCCGCACAAGCACAUGUUGGAGGGGCUCAUCUCGGCCAGCGCGCACCACCCCAACAUCGUGGAGACCUACCGCAUUGUCACGCAGCUCACCAGCGCACCCGCCAUGCCGGCGUUCGUGGUCACCCGCGGCUCGCAGACGCCGCUGUGGGACACCGCCAACCUGCCGGCAGCAGCGCUGCUGGGCAUUUCCAAAGCCGACCGCAGCUCUGGAGGCGGGGCGGGGCCGCCGGUGCUUGCAGCAUUCGGCGGCGCGGGUAGCGUGCACGCCGGCAGUGGUGGAGGUGUGGGGGUGGGCGGUCCGUCCUUUGGCAGCAGCGGGACACCGGGUCGGCCGCAGCGCCUGCAGCGCGCCAGUAGCCUAGGCCCGCACAGGGAUCAGGGCGCCAGGCCGCCGCCGCUGGCGUCGCCGCUGGGGCUAGCAGGCCGGAGCACCGCCGCCGAGGCCAGGCAGCGGUCUCGCGGCAGGAGCACCGGCGGCGAGGGCAGCGAGGGGCCGCCCGACCUCGGCGCUAGUCCGGGCAGCGAGGGCGCAGAAGGGCGGCAGGCGGCGGAGGCAGCGAGCCCCGCCCGCAGCCCUUGCGGCGACGCUGCUGCGGCUGGUGCCAGGCCGGCGGAUGCGGGUGUGCGGCUGCUUGGUGCUGCCGCGGCUGCUGGCGGCCCUUCCGAGGGGCAUCCCUUCAGCGCAGUGUGGCAGCAGCACGCCGGGGCGAGUGGCGCCUGGGUCAACGCCUCCAGCGCCACGUCUGGUGUGAGGAUGAGUCAUGCAGGGCCCUGCACGCGGGGACCCCAUGCGCAUGCGGCGUACUUGCCGGGUGGUCCGGAGGCCGGGGUGGCGGGGCUGGUCGGCCGGCCGGGGCCGCAGCUUGGGAUGCUGGCGGAGGAGGAUGCGGAGGGGCAGCUCUCGUCAGGGUGUCACAUCCUGGCGGCCUCCGACAGCACACCCUGCAUGGUGGACAAGCAGCUCGGCAGCAGCAACGCGGCCACCCACAACAACAUGGGCCCCCGGAACGACAGCACGGCGGACAGCGUGUUAACUGGGUUCCUGGGGAGCAACGCUGGCAGCGCCACCGCCGGCAGCAUGGCUGGCGGCGGGUUGGCCCUUCCGUUGCGCGAUAACUCGACUGUUUCGGUUUCGGGGCUGGUUCGCGGAAUGGGCUCAUCUGGAAGGGGCUCGGCGGAUCGGUCGGCGCGUGGGAGUUUGGUCGCCACCGCUGCGGAAGAGGCAGCCAUGCCGGGAGCACCUGUUCUCCUCGCACCGGCCACCGGCAGCGGCCACCGGAACAGCAACAGCUUGUCAUUGCGAGCUGCCGAGGGGCAGGAGCCCCAUGCCCCCACUGCCGGCCGCGCUAGCAGCCCUCAGCCUCUCGCAGGAGUACUAGCGCCCGGACGCCGACUAGCGGAGGCCGACGCUACGCACAACGACACAGCCUUCAACGCUGUAGGCUGCGCGGCGGAGGUCAUCACCACCUUCUCAGGAGGCAACAGCAGCGGCGGCGCCACCGCCGGCUGCUCCCCCUCACCCAAGGGUCUCCGCAAGGCUGCGGCAGCGCCUGCGGCGGGGCUGGUGGCCCAGGCGGCGCGGAGCAGCCUGGGCGGCGCCUCCGCCAGCGCGGGCGAGCAGGACAGCGCGGAGCUGAUCCUGGACCUGCUGGGCGCGCAGGCGGCGGCGCAGCGCAGCCACAGCUUCCUGCAGCGGCAGCGCCUGGCGCAGCAGCAGCAGCAGCAGGGCGCCAUGCAGCGGGCGGGGCAACUACCGGCAGCAUCGCGCGGUGCGGUGGGUCGUGGGGGUAGCGAGGAGCUCGAUGCGGCGCCGCAGACGUCGCCCGGUGGGCCCUCAGCCGCUGCAUCACCGCUAGCUGUCGGGCUGGCGGAGGCAAGCGCCACUCGCGACGCUGCAGCAGCAGGCGGUGAGGGCCACAAUGCAGGCAGCGCCCUCUCCUCCAUCCCGCUCGCCAGCUUGGAAGCGCCAUUGGGGGACACGUCGCCGCCCUUUGACUACAUGCUACCGGACGAGUACGGCGCCACGUCAGUCAACGCCUACAACUUCGGCCUCUCUACCGCGCUCUUCUCCUCCUAUCGCACCAGCCACGAGCCCGCAGAGUACGGCAGCUUCUCCGGCGCUCAGCCCGGCGGGCCCUUCGCAGCAGCGCGGGCCUCGCCCCUGCAGCCGCCGCCGCCGCCGCCGCCGCCUCUUAGCGGCAGCAGCCCGCACAGCGGCGACACCGCCGGGGGCCCGCCCUCCUCCAGUGGCGGGGGAACUGGCGCUAAGCGGCGAGCCGAGCCCUCCAGCUCCGCCCCGCAUCGCACGCUCACGCAGUCCAGCUCCCAGCACGCGGACUCCUCCACCUCCAGCUUGUCCAUCCCGGGGGUGGAGGCCAGCCUGGCGCUGCCGCCGCCGCUGCUAUCCAGCCCCCCGCUGCUGGACUCCCUCUCCGCCAUCCCAGCGCUCGUCCUCUCCUCCCCCGGCGGUAACGCCAACGGCAGCAUGUCGGUCUGGCUGCCAACCAUAGACGAACUGACCGCGGGUGUGAGCGGCGCCCCGCCCUCGCUUGGCGCCGCUGCUCCCAGCACCACCGCUCGCAGCAGCGCGGGCAGCACCGCCCGGCCGUCCCUGGUGCGCACCAUCUCGGCGGGGUCGGGCGACCAGCAGCAGCACAGCGGCGGCGGCGCAUGUACGGCAGGCGGCGGCGGCGGCGGGGGCCAUGCAUCCGGCUCCGUAGCCAGCCUGCCCAGCGCCAAGCAGGCUUCCCUGCAUGGCAGCAACUACGGCGGGCAGCUGAUGCCGGCGGAGGUGGCGUACGACAAGCUGUCCUGGAGCAACCACACCGCCACCAGCGCCAGCACCAACGCAAUGCUCAACUCGGGCUUCACGGUGCUGCUGGCCUCCAUCACGAC